UUUUUAUUUUCUCAAACUUUUAAGGAGAAAAAUAGACAAAAAUGGUGGAGGGAGUUUAGUUCGUUAAAAGCAGUGGCAAAGAAGGCGAAGGUAAAUAGCAAAAAAAAAAAAAUGGCGACGAAUCUUCUGCUCACUCCUCAGCCGCUUGCUUUUUCAAAAUUCUCUGUUUCAACCAAAAAAGUAGCGAUUAACAGCCAAAGAGCGACGAGAUUCGUCGCCAAAGCCAGUGGUGGAGAAGAGAAGAACGACGAGAAAGGCUUCACUCCGUUUGGUUUCGUCACCGAUAAUCCUUCCAGCCGCAGCGCCAUUCAAUUGCCGGAAUCCCCCGCUGAGGAUGGCAAUGUCGGCCAAAUGCUUUAUAGGAUAGAAGACAAGGGAAAGGACUAUGGCUCAUACAUAAAGUCUGGAAAGCUUAGAUGGUUUGUUAGAGAAACUGGGUCACCUGAAAGCCGACGUGGUACAGUUGUCUUCCUACAUGGGGCUCCAACACAAUCUUAUAGCUAUCGAGUUGUAAUGUCUCAGAUGUCAGAUGCUGGUUUCCAUUGCUUUGCACCUGAUUGGAUAGGAUUUGGUUUCAGUGACAAACCACAGCCUGGAUAUGGGUUUGAUUACACAGAGAAGGAGUUCCAUGAGGCACUUGACAAGUUAUUGGAUGUCUUGGAGGUCAAGUCUCCUUUCUUUCUUGUGGUUCAGGGGUUUGUUGUAGGUUCAUAUGGAUUGACAUGGGCAUUGAAAAAUCCCAGCAAGAUAUCCAAAUUAGCAAUUUUGAAUACUCCAUUAACAGUUUCAUCUCCUGUUCCUGGACUUUUCCAACAGCUAAGAAUACCACUUUUUGGAGAAUUUACUUCUCAAAAUGCUGUGAUAGCUGAACGCUUUAUUGAAGCAGGUAGCCCAUAUGUGCUGAAGCUGGAAAAGGCUGAUGUCUAUCGAUUACCAUAUUUGGCCAGCAGCGGACCUGGCUUCGCAUUACUUGAAGCAGCAAGAAAAAUUAAUUUCAGAGACAUCUCAAGUCAAAUAGCUGAUGGAUUUGCAUCUGGAAGAUGGGAUAAACCGGUUCUUGUUGCUUGGGGUUUAGCGGACAAGUACCUCCCUCAAACAAUAGCCGAAGAAUUUCGGAAACAAAACCUGAGCUCAGUUGAGCUCAAGCUGAUAGAAGGUGCCGGUCAUAUGCCACAGGAGGACUGGCCUGAGAAAGUUGUUGAUGCUUUGAGAAUGUUCUUCUAAGUUGCAUACCCUUGUUUAUAUGCUAUUGACUUCCCUUUUCUUGCAAGGUAUUUUACAGAAAACAGAGCAAUGUAAUUUUCUGAUUAACUAAAACUAUUGUAUAGAUUUGUAGUUUAGAUGAUGUAUUCCCAUAUAUCCAAUGCACAGCACAGGACAAACAUUUUUAAGCUCA